AUGACCUGUCUACUAGGGUUUCACAAUGCCCCUGGUGAGCCUGGCAUUCCAGCAGGAAGUAUAAGAUCAUCCGGACUGCCACAUCCCAGCUGGUAACCAACCGGUCCCCUGAGCAGGUUAUACUGACGUUUAGACAGACAAUCUGUUUGCUAUUCAGCUGUUAGAACUGUUAGAUGUAAAUUGGAAGUGAGAAGUGUGAAGUUGUUUCCACCACAGGUUGUGUUUCUGUCAUUUUGUUUCCAUUCCAACCCUGAACGGACAUCCCAGUAUGGAGGAGGAUGAGCAGUGGGCUACCAAUGUGACAGCAGAACAGGACCUCCACAAGUCUGAGCGUCGCAGAGCGAGAGCGGUGAAGCUGGGACAUAUGAAGUGGGACACACCUGAACAGGAAGAACCAGGCUGUGAACCCACCAAUCACAACGUUGAAAGCAUCCAGCCAGCGGAGAGAGAGAGGAAUUCAUUUUCAGAGGGGAAGAUAGUUGAUCAGGGAGGACCAGAGAGCAUCAAGGAGAUCUGCCGGAGGAGGAAGUUGAAGAAGUCAGGGUCCUCAUCCAAGGUGGCCAUGGACAUACCUGUGUUAGGACCUGUAGACACUUUUGACUUCAUGAAGGCAGCGACUCAGGGUAAACUCAAAGUGGUGGAGAAAUACCUGGAAGAUGGAGGAGACCCAAAUUUCAGUGACCAGUUAAGGAGGACGGCACUACACUUUGCCUCCAUCGAGGGACACUCUACCAUCAUCCAGAAGCUUCUAGAGAAAGGAGCUAACAUCAAUUCUAAAGACCGGCUGGAGUCCAGAGCUGUUCACUGGGCCUGUAGAGGAGGAAGCCUAGCUGUGAUCGGGGUCCUCCAGAAACAUGGAGCAGACCUCAACAUCAGGGACAAGCUGAUGGCCAGCCCUCUCCAUGUGGCCACCAGGACAGGCCAUUCUGAUGUAGUGGGACACCUGCUGAACAGUGGAGCCAAAAUCAACGCCAGAGACAGGGAGGGGGACACUCCUCUGCAUGAUGCUGUGCGUCUGGGCAGAUAUAAGAUACUCAAGCUGCUCAUUGUUGGAGGGGCUGAUACAAGGCUCAAAAACCAUGAGGGAUUUACAGCAGUGGAGCAGGUGAAAGAGUGGCAGUUUGACACCAAGGAGACUCUGGAGAAACUGGACCAGCUGAGGGAGGUGGGUCUGGUACCCCCACUGUUACCUAACUUACCAGACCACCAAAUCAGCCUUCAGCCCUAAACCUCCACAUCCCACUGGUACCUACCUAACCAGACCACCAAAUCAGCCUUCAGCCCUAAACCUCCACAUCCCACUGGUACCUACCUAACCAGACCACCAAAUCAGCCCUAAACCUCCACAUCCCACUGGUACCUACCUAACCAGACCACCAAAUCAGCCCUAAACCUCCUAUACCACUGGUACAUACCUAACCAGACCACCAAAUCAGCCUUCAGCCCUAAACCUCCACAUCCCACUGGUACCUACCUAACCAGACCACCAAAUCAGCCCUAAACCUCCAUAUCCCACUGGUACAUACCUAACCAGACCACCAAAUCAGCCCUAAACCUCCACAUCCCACUGGUACCUACCUAACCAGACCACCAAAUCAGCCUUCAGCCCUAAACCUCCACAUCCCACUGGUACCUACCUAACCAGACCACCAAAUCAGCCUUCAGCCCUAAACCUCCACAUCCCACUGGUACCUACCUAACCAGACCACCAAAUCAGCCCUAAACCUCCACAUCCCACUGGUACAUACCUAACCAGACCACCAAAUCAGCCCUAAACCUCCACAUCCCACUGGUACAUACCUAACCAGACCACCAAAUCAGCCCUAAACCUCCACAUCCCACUGGUACAUACCUAACCAGACCACCAAAUCAGCCCUAAACCUCCAUAUCCCACUGGUACAUACCUAACCAGACCACCAAAUCAGCCCUAAACCUCCACAUCCCACUGGUACCUACCUAACCAGACCACCAAAUCAGCCUUCAGCCCUAAACCUCCACAUCCCACUGGUACCUACCUAACCAGACCACCAAAUCAGCCCUAAACCUCCACAUCCCACUGGUACCUACCUAACCAGACCACCAAAUCAGCCCUAAACCUCCACAUCCCACUGGUACCUACCUAACCAGACCACCAAAUCAGCCCUAAACCUCCACAUCCCACUGGUACCUACCUAACCAGACCACCAAAUCAGCCCUAAACCUCCACAUCCCACUGGUACAUACCUAACCAGACCACCAAAUCAGCCCUAAACCUCCAUAUCCCACUGGUACAUACCUAACCAGACCACCAAAUCAGCCCUAAACCUCCACAUCCCACUGGUACAUACCUAACCAGACCACCAAAUCAGCCCUAAACCUCCACAUCCCACUGGUACAUACCUAACCAGACCACCAAAUCAGCCCUAAACCUCCAUAUCCCACUGGUACAUACCUAACCAGACCACCAAAUCAGCCCUAAACCUCCUAUCUCACUGGUACAUACCUAACCAGACCACCAAAUCAGCCCUAAACCUCCUAUCCCACUGGUACAUACCUAACCAGACCACCAAAUCAGCCCUAAACCUCCUAUACCACUGGUACAUACCUAACCAGACCACCAAAUCAGCCCUAAACCUCCUAUACCACUGGUACAUACCUAACCAGACCACCAAUUCAGCCCUAAACCUCCUAUACCACUGGUACAUACCUAACCAGACCACCAAAUCAGCCCUAAAACUCCAUAUCCCACUGGUACAUACCUAACCAGACCACCAAAUCAGCCCUAAACCUACUAUACCACUGGUACAUACCUAACCAGACCACCAAAUCAGCCCUACACCUCCUAUACCACUGGUACAUACCUAACCAGACCACCAAAUCAGCCCUAAACCUCCAUAUCCCACUGGUACAUACCUAACCAGACCACCAAAUCAGCCCUACACCUCCUAUACCACUGGUACAUACCUAACCAGACCACCAAAUCAGCCCUAAACCUCCAUAUCCCACUGGUACAUACCUAACCAGACCACCAAAUCAGCCCUACACCUACUAUCCCACUGGUACAUACCUAACCAGACCACCAAAUCAGCCCUACACCUCCUAUACCACUGGUACCUACCUAACCAGACCACCAAAUCAGCCCUAAACCUCCAUAUCCCACUGGUACAUACCUAACCAGACCACCAAAUCAGCCCUACACCUCCAUAUCCCACUGGUACAUACCUAACCAGACCACCAAAUCAGCCCUAAACCUCCUAUACCACUGGUACAUACCUAACCAGACCACCAAAUCAGCCCUAAACCUCCUAUCUCACUGGUACAUACCUAACCAGACCACCAAAUCAGCCCUAAACCUCCUAUACCACUGGUACAUACCUAACCAGACCACCAAAUCAGCCCUAAACCUCCUAUACCACUGGUACAUACCUAACCAGACCACCAAAUCAGCCCUAAACCUCCUAUACCACUGGUACAUACCUAACCAGACCACCAAAUCAGCCCCUGACUGGGUGCAUAGGGCUUAACUUCAACUCCCAUCCUGGACAGGCACAGCGUGUGCAGGCUUUUGAGUCCUCUUAGAAAAAGAUAGUGCUAUCUAAAACCUAAAAAGGUUAUUUGGCUGUCCCCAUACCCUAUUUGGUUCCAGGUAGAACCCUUUCCACAGAGGGCUGUAUAUGGAACCCAAAAGAUUUCAAUCUGGAACCAAAAAGGGUUCUCCAAUGGGGACAUUUUGUAAUCCGUUUUUCUACAAGUGUAAAUCAAAACUAGACGAUGAAGUGAGGUUUGUGCCCAGUGGGCUACUGCAUAUUUGAUCAAGUCAUUUCAAUGCAGACCUACAGUUAUGGCAAACUCUCAUCAUCUUGUUUUCUGGUUAUAUUUGAUGUAACAGGAUCGUACCGUUACAGUAGUGGCCUGAUAAUAUAUGCUCUACUCUCCUAGUGUGUGUCUGCAUGGCUCUCAGGAACAUAAACCAAGCACUUUUACUGUAUUUGUUAUAUAUUUCCUGUAUACUCACACCCCUCAUGUACAUGGUAUUUGAUUCAUGUGUUAUCUGCAGUGUGUCUUUCUAGGACACAACAGGCUGGAGUUCAAAGAUUAGUUCUGUGUGCCGUUAUACCAGUGAGACUGCUGCUUUCAUGUCAUCUGCUUUUGCUGAAAAUACAUUUUUAGAAAAGUCCUUUCAGCCGAGCAGUGUGGUGCUGGUGACUGGACUUAUUAAAGCAACUCAUAGCCGAUUCUCUUCUGAAGAGCUUUAUAACCCCUGAAAAGCUGUGUUCUUGCAUUAGAAUCAUUAGACGUUGAAGUCUGUGCCUCGUGGGGACACUAUCUUGCCAUAUAGGCUAGUCACCAUAUAUUCAAUGUAAAUUGCAGAUAAUCCAUAUGAGAAUCCAAGAUUCACAGUACAUUCACUGCUGGCGUUGCUCUCCGACAUUACACCAUCCAUGGGGAUAUUAAAUCAACUAAUGAUUUACAAUUGUAUGUCGAAGUGCAUUUUUGUUCUUGUUGUUAAAAGUCUUUAAGAGCAGUAUUUUGUGAGCAGAUUUAAAAUACUACAAAUGCAGUAGGCCCAUGUGUUGAUUGCAUCAUCAUAGCUUUAUAUCAGCAUUAGGUUCUGAUUUGAAACUGCAUUUGGUUUAUCCUCCACCAUUAUUACAGUAAUUAACACAUGACUGCCCAUCAGCAGUUGUUCCACGUUUAAAGGUCACUGGAUUUUCUUUUUUACAGAGGCUCGAGUCACAGACAAUGUUUAGUUAAAACAGGCUCUAUUGUCUCUGUGGUGCCCCAGGGGUGGAUGGGAUGGUUGGGGUGGCUGUUUCUCCUUUGUUAAACACCCCGGAUUGGGUUAGAAAUGUGUGGACAUACUUCCGUGGGUCCAGUGGAAAUAUUUUCCUGUUGUCAUCAUAGGUACAGUCCUGCCUGAGGUGAAAUGAUCUCUGGCUCAGGGAUAAACCUGUCAGAAUGUCUUUUGGUUUGACGACAUUGACGUGCAUCUCUGAAUAAUGGAAGGAUUUAAAGCAGUAGUAACAAUAGUAUAAGCCCUGUGAAUGUGAGUUCACUGUACCUUUGCCAAGAGGUCUGGAUAACUGUAGGGUUGCUGGUUCAAGCCCCACUCCAUAGGUUCUCCAUAAAUCACUACAAUGGUAUCGAUUUGAGUGCAAUGUCUGAAAAGCACCUGAAAGAUAAAGCUAUUAAUAUUAGUUCCAAUCCUCACUUCACAGAAUAUGUUCCUGCCUAGUUAGAUAAAGGUAAACAAAAAUAAAUAAUAAAUAAAUACAGUGCCUUGCGAAAGUAUUCG